AAGAAGAUGAUGAAGAAACAGAUGAUAGUGAUACCUGGGAACCCCCUCGGCAUGUUAAGCGGAAACUCUCUAAAUCAGAUGAUUAAAAUGCUGAAAACGACCACAGCGCUGCAUGCCUUCGUUUGACUACAACUCCCAGAAUGCCCAGGAGGCGGCUUCUGGGAGGAAAGCCGGGCGCGAGGGCUACACCGGAGCGGCUCUGCGCAUAUGUAUCUCUUCGACUCCGCCCUCUUUCCAUCUUUUUCCCCUUGCCCCUCCCCCCCUUUCCUGACCUCCGGCCAUGGAGUCGCACUCUUUCUUUCCUGUGCUAGGCGCCGAGUUCGAGGACUCGGUGUUUGAAGAAUGGCCGCGGUCGCGGGAGCGCGAGCCUCCGCCGGCCUACUGCGCCAAACGCUGCGAGCCGCAGUGGUUUUAUGAAGAAACAGAAAGACAGGAUGAAGCUGAAAUACUCACCAUCAAGAAAUUUAGAGGAGACUUGGCAUACCGGCAACAAGAAUUUCAGAAAGCACUUCAGGAAUACUCCAGUUGCUUUGAACUCUUGUCACCUACCAACUUUGCCAUGAGAAGAGAUGUCCAAGAAGGGCAGGCUCGAUGUUUAACUUACCUGGGAAGGCAUAUGGAAGCAUUGGAAAUUGCUGAAAAAUUGGAGAAUGGAGCCAGUAACAGUGACCAUUUAACGACUGUACUCUACCUCCAGCUCACUAUUUAUUCAAAUAUGAAGAACCUAGAGGAAACAAUACUGUGCCUACAAAAACUAAUUUCUUUGCAUCAUUUUAAUCCAUGGAACUGGGUCAAGCUUGCAGAGGCUUACUUGAGUUUUGGACUAACUCUCUCAGCCUCAUUUACAUCAUCUCAGAAAGACAGCAGUUUUACCCCAAGUGACCAAGAAUUCAGAACCCCUUUCCCAUCACCAAAAAAAGAUCCUUCUCUAUUUUUAUUCAAAAUCUUGAAUGGAGACUCUGAGUUUUCUCUGGGAACAAGUGAAAACUCUAUCAGGGAUGUGCAGCCUGAGGCACCUUUCCAUCUGGCAUGUCAGUCCUGGGUACCCUCAGUAUGGGCAUGGACUCAAAUGAAGGCUUGUGCCUCAUUUGUCAGAGCCAGGCUUUUGCUUCAGCUCACUCAGUCUCAGCAAACAUCUUUUGCGUUAGAGAAGAACUUCAAAGCUCAGGAGGAAAUUGAAGAUAGACUAAAAGGAUUCGACUUUGAAGAAGAAACUUUAUUACUGAUUUCUGAGGUUAUGAGAGAAGAUCUCAUUCCAGAAAAAAUAAAAGAUGAAGUUCAUGCAGAGGUGAAAUGUGUGGGCUCUGAAGCCUUGACUGCCCUGGUAAUCGCAUCUUCUAAAGAAUUUGAAGACAAAUGGUUCAGAAAGAUCAAAGACCAUUUAUGUCCUUUUGAAAAUCUGUUUCACACAGAGAUACACAUCUCGCCUUAGCAGCCCAUUAAAACAAA